UGUCAAGAUGGCUACCACACGACGAUAGAGUUACAACUAGCAUUUUCUUUUUAAACACAAAUGCUUAAAACAAUGCAACAGCAAAUGUAAAAAAAGAUUUUUUUGUUCAAAUUAAUUUAAUAUUUUUUUUAAAAAAAUUCCACUUAUACAUAAAAUUAAUUAUCUUUGUUAGUGGAAAAGUGGGAAGUGGAAUUCCUAGAGCAUCAUUAUCGGGAUCUCUUAAAUGAGUUGCUUAAAUUAAUUAUAAUUAAAAAAAAUAAAAAUUACUUAUUUACCGAACAAACGUCUCUUAAUUUGGAGAAGGAAGAGACGUCCCUUAUGGGACACGUGUCACACAUGAAAGUCUUGUACUCUCUCUCUCUCAUCUCUAUCUCUCUCGAUUUCGUUGUCUCCUCCGUCGCCCAGACUUUGGAUUGGGAGGCUGAUGAAUCUUUUAGAUCUUCGAGCGAUAUGAGGAGGAACCAGUCGGCGAGUGAUUUUAGAGCGUCGGGAGGUCGCGGUGCUCCGGCGAAGUCUUCGGAGGAUAUUUAUUCAAGGUCGCAGCUUGAGGCUUCUGCUGUGAAUAAAGAGAGUUUCUUUGCGAAGAGGAUGGCUGAGAAUAAGUCUAAGCCGGAGGGGCUUCCUCCUUUGUUAUGUCUGAGGGAUUUGGAAGAUUGUCUCUUGUUGCCGCAUCAGCUGCGAAUGUUGUUCAGACAGGAACCAUGGAGUUCACUUCCAAGGUCAAAGAAGGUGGUUUAGAUCACACGGUGAGUGAGACUGUUAUCGUUGUUGCGAGUAAGACAACAGAGAUAGGACAGAGGACAUGGGGGAUCAUGAAAGGAGUAAUGGCAACUGCUUCACAAAAGGUUGAAGAGUUCACUAAAGAAGAAGCAUCGACCUGGAACCAACAGAAUACAAACGAGGGCAACGGUUACUACCAGAACAAAGGAGUAAAUUAUUAUGUUACUGUCUUGCUUGUAUUGACCAAUAACUCAAGCAGUACUAGGCUGAUUUUGUGUGGUGUGAAUCCAAUAACAAUCAUUUUUGUUUCAGCUCAUUCUGAGACAAAUUCAACUUGUUCAAAUCAUGUUUUUAUGUUUAAGAAAUUUUAAAUAAAUAAUGUUUAAUAUUA